UGAUUGAAUUGAACGUGAAGGUGAAGAGCCUUACCAACUCUCCCCUACCAAACCUCCUCCACCUACCAUGGUUCGAUCUCUUCACCUCACUCAGUUGCGCUGCCUUUGUUAAACAAUCCCAAGUUCACACCCACUUUCUCAUUCACUAACCUACCUUUCUCCCCUCUCUCUUUCUCCAAGUUCCAGUGUACAUGGCCAACGCGCUACAACACCACGCGGCCACGCGCCCAUUCCCUUGCUGUCACCAGUCGCUCCCCGCUUCUCGCCACGUUUCCUCAUCCCUCUCUUUUCGCUCAAGCCUUUCCACGCUCCCUCUCAAGUCAGUCCUUAUCUCUCAAUUUCACACUCUUCAUCAACAUAAAAGAAUCGUGGUGAAGGCAAAAUCUGAUUUUGAUGAAACGGGCGUUGACAUUUCUCUAAGCCCACGUGUCAAUGCCGUGAAGCCUUCCAAAACUGUGGCCAUAAGCGACCACGCCACCGCUCUCGUACAAGCUGGUGUGCCCGUUAUUCGUUUGGCAGCUGGAGAACCGGAUUUUGACACACCCUCUGUCAUAGCUGAGGCUGGGAUUAAUGCAAUUCGUGAGGGCUACACUAGGUACACUCCCAAUGCUGGAACGUUGGAGCUCCGCCAAGCGAUUUGUCAUAAGCUAAAGGAGGAGAAUGGGGUUACUUAUACUCCUGAUCAGAUUGUGGUUAGUAAUGGAGCCAAACAGAGUCUUGCUCAGGCUGUGCUUGCAGUUUGCUCCCCUGGUGAUGAGGUCAUUAUUCCAGCUCCAUUCUGGGUCAGUUACCCAGAAAUGGCAAGGUUGGCUGAUGCAACACCUGUGAUUCUUCCAACAUCGAUAUCUGAUAAUUUCCUUUUGGAUUCCAAACUCCUUGAAUCCAAAAUUACUGAAAAAUCGAGACUGCUGAUUCUUUGUUCUCCAUCUAACCCAACAGGAUCCGUCUACCCCAAGAAAUUACUUGAAGAGAUAGCCCAGAUUGUAGCAAAGCACCCAAGACUUCUGGUUCUUUCUGAUGAAAUUUAUGAACACAUAAUUUAUGCACCAGCAACUCACACAAGCUUUGCAUCUUUACCGGGAAUGUGGGAGAGAACUUUAACUGUGAAUGGAUUUUCUAAGGCCUUUGCAAUGACUGGUUGGCGGCUUGGGUAUCUUGCUGGUCCAAAACAUUUUGUUGCAGCAUGUGGAAAGAUCCAAAGUCAGUUCACUUCAGGGGCCAGUAGUAUAGCUCAGAAAGCUGCAGUUGCUGCAUUAGGAUUAGGGUAUGCUGGUGGGGAGGCUGUUUCUACCAUGGUGAAAGCAUUUAGGGAGCGAAGGGAUUUCUUGGUAAAGAGUUUUGGAGAAAUGGAUGGUGUUAAAAUAUCUGAACCCCAGGGAGCAUUUUAUCUAUUCAUUGACUUCAGCUCCUACUAUGGAAGAGAAGCUGAAGGAUUUGGAAAAAUUGAGGAUUCUGAGUCCCUGUGUAGAUAUCUUCUGGAUAAGGGCCAGGUAGCCCUGGUGCCAGGGAGUGCAUUUGGAGAUGAUACUUGCAUCCGCAUCUCUUAUGCAGAAUCCCUUACUACCCUACAGGCAGCAGUAGAAAGAAUUAAGAAAGCACUUAUCCCUCUAAGGUCUGCCGCGGUUGUUUGAUUAUGAUUUGUUGUUGUAUUGGGUGUAUUUUAAUGUUGGCAAUGUGUAAUAUGUCUAUUUUGAAAAAUAAUAGGCUUUGGCUAUUUUAUCCACAAAUAAAGUGAUACAACUCGCUUAUUAAUGAUUUUUAAUUAUAAUAACAAAAUCCCCCCUCCCUUAGUUACCAUAAGGUUCCCAGGAGAGGCAUGGGACGGUCGACACCAUUUGUCUUCUUAAUUUUGGUGAGUCAGGUCAAAAUCAUAAAUAGGUUUCACAACAUUUUAUGCAACAUUUUAGAUUGCCACUACCAAAAUAACAUUUUAACUAGCUGCUCGUAGAAAAUAUUGCUCCUGGAUUGAAAGCUACU